CCAGCCCCUCCUUCAGGACGGGCUGAACCAAAAAACAAAGGUUAAUAUUUUAAAGGUAUAGACGCUUUUUCAGAUAGUGUAAUAAGCCUGAUUAGGUGGUUAAAUACAGAAAAUGAAUAAAGACACUGGUUGUAAAAUUAGUAUUCCGUCAACCAGUGAGAUUCCGCUUUGUGUGUGUUACCUCGCACAGCAAGCACGACAGCACAGCCUGUAGGGAUAGGCGUGAGUACACACCCUGAAUGCUUUCCACGAGGUGGCAGACAGUACUUGGUGACGCGACCAGUCGCAAGCGUGAGGCGCUGAGGCGCAUGCGUGAGGCGCUGAGGCGCAUGCGUGAAUUGCCAAGGCGCAUGCGCUUAGGACUCCCAAAAGCAUCUGCCUCUUCCGCCACGUUCGCCCCGCCUUUCUCAAGCUCGCCUGAAGUGCGGGUUUUUGCCGAGCCCGCGCGCUACUGUGUGAAGUUAGAGAGUUUUUUCCUGUCCAUCUAUCUUCUCAAAACUGUCUCACCACCUACCGGCUUCAAGAAGUCAAGACCACUGCAAAAGUGUCAGUCAUGGCCUCAGAAAGCCACGACAUUAUCUACCUCACUGAAGAUUCGGAGUUGCCCACAGAAGUUGUGGAACUGCAACAGGUAGACAUGGGGGCCCUUAUGGAGAACACGGUGGAGCUGCAACCCAUUUUAUACCAGAAUCCCAGUGAUAAUUGGAUCCACGGUGGCUAUGAUUGUCCACCUCUGUUUACCUUGCAGCCGGUCGCCCCCGAUAAUAUUAGCUGCGGUGACCAUGACCAGGAAUGUAUCAUAAUACAAACCCGAGAGGAAGUAGUGGACUAUUUCGAGUUAAAAGUCAGUGAAUUCAGGAGUGAGGCAACCUCAGUUGAGGGCGAAGACACUUACUUCCAGUCAGUUCCUUUGUCUUUGCCAUCCUCUGCCACGUCAUCAUCCUCCGGUCAUGAAGGAAAUGGCAGUGACCACAGCAAGGCGCGUAGAGACAGAGACAGCAGCGGUGAGGUCGCUGUGGGUGGCAGCAGUUCCGAAUUGAGCAGUGAAAAUGGAGAACAGAGGCAGACACCGAGCCACAUCCUAGAAGAUAUGUUCCCUAGCGUCUUGUCGUCGAGCCCGGAAAGAGAGGCUGAGGGGGAGAUUGACGUACCGAUUGGCAUAUCGAGUGAACCCUCCUCUCCUGAUUAUUCUGAAUACCUGACAGGGAAGAAACUUCCCCCUGAAGGACUACCUGGAAUUGACCUCUCCGAUCCCAAACAGUUGUCAGAAUUUAUAAGAAUAAAGCGCAAAAAAGCCAAGGAUGGUAUUCCAAGAACUGUAGCUUGCCGUCACGAAGGCUGCAAAAAGAUGUUCAAGGAUAGCUGUGCUAUGAGAAAGCAUCUGCACACCCACGGACCCAGAGUGCACAUCUGCUCCGAGUGUGGCAAAGCUUUUCUUGAGAACUCAAAACUUAAACGUCAUCAGCUGGUUCAUUCUGGAGAGAAGCCCUUCCAGUGCAUCUUUGAAGGCUGCGGGAAACGUUUUUCCCUGGAUUUCAACCUGCGCACUCAUGUGCGAAUUCAUACAGGAGACAGACCUUUUGUGUGUCCUUUCAGCGAGUGCAACAGGAGGUUCGCUCAGUCAACUAACCUGAAAUCUCAUAUGUUAGCACAUGCUAAGAAGAACAUCCAGUAGAAAGAGACAAUCCUUCUCAGACUUAAGAAGGUUCUCCCAGUAGUGUGGUUGGGACUAAUUAUGCUUUUUGCUUGUAUAUUGUUUAUUUUUCUUAGUGUAUGUUUAUAGUACAUAAUGUUUACAUUUUUCCUAAGUAGUUUAUACUUGCUCUUUUUGUCACCAUUCCCUCCCAUCCCUCUAGGCUUCCUCCAAAUUUUGACCCCUUUCCAAUUUGAAAAAGUUCUUGCUUCCUUUUUUCUCAAUUUUUAAAAGUAUCUUUUCCUUCCUUCCCAUCUCUAUCUCUUGUUCCUCCUCCCAUUUGAAAAAGGUCUCCCUAUACAAAAUUGAUGUCUGUAUACUGUUCUUAAGAACAUUUUUAAUGAAUCUUACAUCUCUAAAUCUAAUGUUAUGGUGCAACAAUUAAAAAGUUUAAAAAUAA